GUCAACAAAAUGGCAGCUGCACCAUCAAAUUUGGGGACAGAAUUCAAGGAGGAAUUGAUCUGCAGCAUCUGCCUUGAGCUGUACACCAGGCCCAAGAUGUUGCCCUGUCAGCACACCUUCUGUCAGGACUGUCUACAGGACCAUGCAGGGAAGGGAAGGACCUUCCAGUGCCCAAUCUGUCGUCAGCAGGUCAAGCUAACACGUCAGGGGGUUGAAGGUUUACCAAUCAACCACCUGGUUACAAGUUUGUGUGAGAGGCUGCAAAACCAGGCUACACAGUCAGGGGAAACAAGGGAACAGCCCCAGUCUGGAAACAGGUGCAGCUUUCACCCUUCUGAGGUGCUCAAGGUUUACUGUAAGCAGUGUCAGGUUCCAGUUUGUGACCAAUGUUUAGAACAGGCUCACGAUGAUCAUCGCACAACAACGAUCAAAAAAGCUGCACAGGAAAAAAGUUUAAGAGUCAAGCCCUUGAUCAAUGAGGGAAGGAACAUCAUUGAAAGUUACUUAAGCUUCCUCAGAAAUCUGAGGGAAACAGAGAAAACCCUGAAUGAACAGAAACAGCAGAGAGACAACAGCAUCAUUCAGGCCUACAACCAAAUGAUGCAGAAACUCACACAUGGAAAAGACCUCCUUCUGUCAGAAUCACAAAAAAAUCACAGCAAGAACCUGGAGAAGAUACAGACUGGGAGAGACAGAGCAUUGGCAGAUAUCAAUGAACUAUGUGCUGCCUGUGAUCGAGCAGAACAAGAACUGCAGCAGGGGUGGGUUGAAAUUCUCAGUCAGCAAACCACUUUAACAGAGGUGGUGGUAAAGUACCAAAGAAAAGCAGCACCAACUCCUGUACACACCGAGCCUGCUGUUUUUCAACCCACAGGCACCCCUGUGCCAGUAUUGGGACAUGUGAUCAUCCAGUCUCUCCCAUCUGCACCAAUCCCAGUAGCACCUUCUCCAAUCCCAGCGGUACCUUCACCAAUCACAGCAGUAUCUGCACCAAUCACAGCAGUAUCUGCACCAAUCACAGCAGUAUCUGCACCAAUCACUGCAGCACAAAUACCACCAGUCACAACAGUACUUGCAUCUAGCAAUGGUGCAGCAGGAGGCACGGGUCAUCAUCAUGAUAAUCAAAGGCAUGGGGAGCCUCAGUCUAAGAAAGUAAUAUUUGGUGGAGAAGGAUCAGGAACUGGACAGUUUAAGAGUCCAUUUGGUGUUGCAGUGUCAGAUGAAGAGGUCUUUGUAGCAGACAAUGGGAAUAUGAGAAUCCAAGUCUUCACCCUGCAUGGAACAUUUGUCCAACAGUUCCCAACAGUGGUGUCAGGUGAAGAGAAGAUGAAACCAUGGGAUGUGGCCAUGGAUGGGGAGGGGAACCUGUGGGUGGUAGGGGGAACAGACUUGGCUCACUUUGCUGUGCAGUACAACAAACAGGGUAGGGUGCUGAGGAAGUUUGACCUGUAUAAGGCAGUGUGGAACAGAGGAGUUGCUGUGGACACCAGGAGAAACCACAUCCUCAUCACACAAAGCACAGGAGACCAGUCCACUCAAGGAGAAGUUUUGGUCUUUUGGCCAGAUAGGACAACUGUGAGAACUGUGGGUCAGCAACAGGGGAUGAAGUGGCCAAGGUAUAUUACUGUCAGUGGGGAAGGGAACAUUAUUGUCUCAGGCCGUUACAACCAGUGUGUCUAUGUGUACAAUGAGUAUGGACAGUUUCAGCUUCAGUUUGGAGGUGAGCGAAGUAGUGAAGGCCAGCUGAAUGAGCCCCGUGGCAUCUGUACAGAUGGGGCAGAUAACAUCAUCGUGGCAGACUAUGGAAAUAGCAGUGUGGAGAUGUUUGACAAGACAGGCAGAUUCGUCAAAAGCAUCACUACAGACUUAAACAGGCCAUGUGCGGUUGCUAUGGCAACACAGGGACAGUUGGUUGUGACUGAUGUAGGGAACAACACAGUCUCCAUAUUUCACACCUACUGAACCUAAGUCAGGUGAUGAACAAACUUUACCACACUGCAGUCUCACCUCAGUGUGCCUUGUCUUAUUUUACAAACUUUGUACUU